GUACUUGUGAUUAUCGGUAGUCAGUACUAACCUCAAAUAUUCAAUUUCAAUUUUCAACACAACAUUUCUACACAGGAUCGUUCUUUUUGCUACAACAGUAUUUACAGUUUACUUGUUGUGUCGAUAGUUUCCAUCCCGUUCUGCAAAAAUGGUUGAUGACAAUGCUCCAAAAAGGCUUCCGGCAGUGCCGGAGUCUGUACUCAAAAGACGUAAGGCCCGUACUGCGUUCAAACUCAAGUCUUUGAAGAAAGCUAUUGAGGAACGUAAAGAACGCGUUAAAAAAACAAAAAAAUACUUCAAACGCGCCGAAGCCUAUGUAAAGGAGUUCAGAAUGAAGGAAAGGGAUGAAAUUCGUUUAGCAAGGAAUGCUAAGAAAGCUGGUGACUUUUAUAUUCCACCUGAGCCAAAAUUAGCAUUCAUCAUGCGUAUUCGUGGUGUGAAUCAAGUAGCUCCUAAAGUGAAGAAAGUCUUACAACUCUUCAGAUUACGCCAAAUCAACAAUGGAAUUUUCAUUAAAUUAAACAAAGCAACAUUAAAUAUGUUGAGAAUUUGUGAACCAUAUGUGACUUGGGGAUAUCCCAACUUGAAGAGUGUAAGAGAAUUGAUUUACAAAAGAGGAUUUGCCAAAAUCAAGGGCCAACGUAUUCCGAUCACUAACAAUGAAAUGAUCGAAAAGAAAUUGGGAAAAUAUGGUAUCAUCUGCACGGAAGAUUUAGUUCAUUGUAUAUAUAGGGCUGAUCGUCGAUUCAAGUAUGCGAUGAACUUCCUUUGGCCUUUCAAAUUAAACACCCCAACUGGAGGCUGGCGUAAGAAGACCAAUCACUAUGUUGAAGGUGGAGAUUUUGGAAACCGUGAAGAUACCAUUAACAAGCUAUUGAGAAAAAUGGUUUAAAUACAUUAAAUGUUUUACAAAAAC